CUCUUACCCAGCAAAGCAACACCCUCACUUCAGCUUCACCCCACAGAGAAUCGCAGUGUUAAAAAAACAUCAUGCCGGAAUCCUCCCCAGCCCCUCUUCCGGAUAUCCAAGAAAAAAACAUUGUAGGUGUAACUUUUUUGGAGGAACAGCAUUACAAAUUUGUCUGGCAUGACAGCAAAAACCUGUCAUGCGCAGAUAGUACGUGAAAACGCCGAUGAAUGGGCCCUACAAUGCCGGCACAGCAUGACAGGCUCAAUCAAUUUGCAUGUUGCGCAUCACAAAUUUACACUAACAGCCUUUUUUUCUUGGAUACCGGACCUGAGCCGCACAGUGCGGUUCAACGAGGACGAGAAUCUGAACAACGAGAAGCACGAUUUGUCGGGCCUGUUCUACAUAUGCAUUGCAAAUAUGUCUGGGUCUGGAAGAUUGUGAGAUUUCUCAUGCUAGUUUGGCAUAACUCUGAACUUUGUAUUGCGUGGCCAUGAAGAACACACUCCUCUGGUCUGUCGUGCAAACACGAUGUUUCUCAUGCGGAAUACGCAACACAGAGCCACGAGAAAAUCUGUCAUGUUGCUUGGCGGUGCAUUACUUUACAGUGCGCUUCUUGUUCACUGACAUGCAUCACAAGUUUCCAGACCCACACAUUUUUGCACUUGAUACUACACGACGAGACGGCAGUAUUUGAUCAACCAACUCCCCGUGACCGAGCCGAAAUCGAAACAGUUGACGGAAUAUCCUGUGCAAAAUUAUCGUACUCGUAAUAUUGCAGUCUUGCAUUACAAAUCUUGUUCUUAAGGGGUAAAUCAGAAUUACAAAUUUUAUUUCUCAUGCUGAGGAAAUUUGUAAUGCAUUUAUACGAGUACGAUACUUUUGCAAUGCAUACGGAACUAGAGAAAAUCGAACUAGAAGCGAAAGAAGAGCUCGACUUUGCUUUGAAAUUUGCCAAUGCCUGUAGGAGGUCAACAGCGGUC